AUGUUAACAAAAUUCUUUUUUAUUUCUCUUAUACAAUGUUAUUUUUUUCAAAUAUCAUUUUGUGUUCAUAUUGGUGGUACAUCAAUGGAUUCAACACAUUAUAAUCGUCAACUAUUACAAUAUCAAUGUCCAAUUAAUAAUCAAAUAAAAGAACAACAUCAGACUACUUAUUGGAUUAAUGUUCGAUCAUUCUCAUUAAUAAAUGAUACUAAUACAAAUAAUUCCAGACAUUUAAUUUUUAAUAAUGGAGAAGAUCGACUUAUAACAAGAGCUUCUUCAGGUGCAAUCGAUGUUGAUAAUACCGACCCAUUAGAUAUCGAUCAAGCUUCAAUGAAUAUUAUUGUUGAUAAACAAAUCAAUGGCAACUUAACUGUAUAUAUUCAAGUUAUUGAAUGUAUUGAUUGUCCUUAUGAAAUAAUUACAGAAGAUUUAUCAUCAACUAAAUUACUUAAUUUAACAUUAAAUACAAAAUUUAAUUAUCGUAUUCGUAUAGAAUCAAAUAAUCUAUCUCCAUGUCUUGAAAGUCUAAAACUCUAUGAACAUGGUCAUUAUAUUCUAAAUGUUCAACCCGCCCCAUCUACUCAAACAAAUUCAAGUUCAAAUUCAACUUUAAAAUGUAUACUAACUACUCAACGUUCAGCUAAUAAUGUUAAUACACCAUUGAUUAUUGCCGGUGUGAUAUUAUUAGUAUUAUUUGUUGCUUGUAUACUUGGACAACGAAUGAAAGUUCGUGAACAUUUAUUAAAUCUUAAAAAUAAAUGUCUCAAACGUGUACCACCACAAGAAUCUUCACAAUCAUAUGAUUUACAAGCAUGUCCACCGACAGUAGUACAUGACGCAACGAUUACAACGGAUGGAACAACACCAGUAACACAAUUACCACCAAUACAUAAAAUAUCAAAUGUUAUUGUACCGAGAUCAAAACGUCUAUUAAGUCUUGAUGCAUUUCGUGGUUUUGCUUUAAUAGCUAUGAUAUUUAUUAAUUAUGGUGGUGGUGGUUAUGCUGAAUUUGAACAUGCACCAUGGCAUGGCAUCACAUUUGCUGAUAUUGUCUUUCCAUUUUUCAUUUGGAUGUUAGGAACAUCAUUAGUAUUUUCAUUAAAAAAUGCUAUUGAUAAAGGUGUUUCAAAACAAACAUUAAUAAAAAAAAUUGCUAUACGUACAAUUAAAUUAUUUUUAAUUGGUUUUAUUCUUAAUACACGUUUUAAAGUUGAUUUUAAAGAAGUACGUAUUCUUGGUGUUUUACAACGUUUUGCUAUUGUUUAUGGUGUUAUUGCAACGAUUGAAGUACUUUUUACACGACCUAAUCAAUAUCUAUUAAUACCUAAUACACAAACAUCAGCAACAACAACAGCAACCAUUAAAACUGGCACAGCUCAACGUUUAAUCCUAUUAUUUCGUGAUAUAAUAAAUUUUCCUUUUCAAUGGUUAUUUAAUAUAACUCUAGUUACAAUUUGGUUAUUAAUUAUUUAUUUAGUACCAUUUGAAAAUUGCCCAGCUGGAUAUCUAGGUCCCGGCGGAUUACAUGAGAAUGGUAAAUAUGAAAAUUGUACGGGUGGUAUAACUGGUUAUAUUGAUCGAAUUAUUUUUACGAAUAAACAUCUGUAUCCAUAUCCAACAUGUCAACUAGUUUAUGGUUGUAAACCACCAUUUGAUCCAGAGAAUUUAUUUGGUGCUAUUCCAACAAUAUUCUUAGCUUAUUUAGGUGUUCAAGCUGGACGAAUUCUUGUUAUGUAUCAAACAGAUGUUGAUCGUCUUGUUCGUCUUUUUAUAUGGAGUAUAAUAAGUAUAGCUAUAGGUGUUGGUUUAACUGCUGGUACACUUACUGGUGGACCAAUGCCUUUAAAUAAAAAUCUUUGGACAUUAUCCUUUACAUUUUUUACUGCUGGUUUAGCAUUUGCUGGAUUUUCCCUAAUGUAUAUUUUUAUUGAUAUGUUGAAAUGGUGGAAUGCAACACCAUUUCAAUAUCCAGGAACAAAUUCUAUACUUAUCUAUAUAACACAUCUUGUUUUUGCAACUUAUUUUCCUGUACAAUGGGUUGUUGUCAAUACACAUGCAGCACAUCUUGCUAUGAAUUUAUGGGGAUGCAUCUUUUGGAUUAUUAUUGCGUAUAUUUUCUUUAAAAAACGCAUCUUUUUGGUGCUUUAA